GGCCCUCUCAACGGCGGCCCAGGCUACACGUCUGCUCUCUUCCACACCGCCGGCGUCCCUUGCUCCUCCGUCCGCUUCUAUCCUCCCUCCCGGCGACUUGCUCCGCCCGCUCCUAUCCACCGUGCGGCGCUCGCAUGGACGACGGGCCGCGCGGUGUCGUGCCCUGUCGCCUGACGACGGAGGCGGCACCGUCAGCUGCGUGCGGUGGGAGGUAGAGAAGAAAUGCCCGCGCGCCGCUACCCUCUCACCAUCGCCGCCGCCGUUGCCGCUAAAUCCCACGCCACGCUGCUCAAGUCAGGCGUCACUUCCCCCACGCCCUGGAACCAGCUCCUCACCGCAUACUCCCUCUCCCCGCUCGGCCUCGUCGCCGCGCGCCAGGUGUUCGACCAAAUACCCCGCCCGGACGCCGCCUCCUGGAACUCCCUCCUCACCGCGCACGUCUCCGCCGGCGCGCAUUCCGCCGCAUACCGCAUCUUCCAAGCCAUGCACGAGCAGGGACUCGCCGCCAACACCUUCGCCCUCGGCCCCACUCUCCGCUCCGCUGCUGCCGUGGGCUGCCCUGCUCUCGGCGCCCAGCUGCACUCGCUCAUCGUCAAAGCUAUCCUGGCCGACAAUGUCUUCGCUGCGACCGCAUUGCUUCACAUGUAUGCCAAAUGUGGCCGCAAGAGGGAUGCUCGUCGGGUGUUCGAUGGAAUGCCGGAGCGGAACACUGUUUCUUGGAACGCCCUCGUUGCUGGUUAUGUGGAGUCUGGGAAGGUUGCUCCAGCAGUUCGGCUGUUUGUUGAGAUGGAGAGGGAGGGGUUGCUUCCUGAUGAGGCAACAUUCGCGGCGUUGCUCACAGCGGUCGAUGACUCCAGUCAUUUCUUGAUGCAUCAGCUGCAUGGGAAGAUUGUCAAAUAUGGAUCGGCAUUGGGUUUGAUAGUGUUGAAUGCAGCAAUCACUGCCUACUCACAAUGUGGGGCCCUGGCAAAUUCUAGAAGGAUCUUUGAUGAAAUUGGGAACAGAAGGGAUUUGAUCUCAUGGAACGCAAUGCUUGGAGCUUACGCUUCCCAUGGGAUGGAGCAUGAGGCGAUGGGAUUCUUUGCUAACAUGAUGCGAGCGGGUGGAGUACAGCCUGACAUGCAUAGUUUCACAAGUAUCAUAAGUGCGUGCGCGGAGCAUCGUGAUCAGGGAGGGACAGUAAUUCAUGGUCUGGUGAUCAAGAAUGGCUUUGAAGGAGUUACGCAUGUUUGCAAUGCUCUAAUUGCCAUGUACACUAGAUUUAGUGAGAACUGCAUGAUGGAAGAUGCAUAUAAGUGCUUUGAUUCCUUGCUGCUCAAGGACACCGUCUCCUGGAAUUCUAUGUUAACUGGGUAUUCGCAGCACGGCUUGAGCGCUGAUGCCUUGAGAUUCUUCAGAUGUGUGCAGUCAGAAAAUAUUAGAACUGACGAGUAUGCAUUCUCUGCUGCCCUGCGUUCAUGCUCAGACCUUGCUUUACUUAGGCUAGGUAGACAAAUACACGGUUUAGUCACCCAUUCUGGUUUUGCCUCCAACAAUUUUGUUUCCAGCUCGCUGAUCUUCAUGUAUUCUAAGAGUGGUGUUCUUGAUGAUGCAAUGAAGUCUUUUGAGGAGGCAGACAAGAGUAGCUCGGUGCCAUGGAACUCUAUGAUGUUUGGUUAUGCGCAGCAUGGACAGGCCCAGGCCGUGCGCAGCCUCUUCAAUCAGAUGCUGGAGCUUAAGGUUCCUUUGGAUCAUAUUACAUUUGUUGGCCUGAUUACUGCCUGCAGUCAUGCUGGUCUUGUGGAUGAAGGUUCAGAAAUCCUCAAUACGAUGGAAAAUAGGUAUGGAAUUCCUCUUCGGAUGGAGCAUUAUGCAUGCGGCAUUGAUCUGUAUGGGAGGGCUGGGCAGCUUGACAAAGCAAGAGAGCUUAUUGACUCUAUGCCAUUUGAACCAGACGCCAUGGUGUGGAUGACCCUAUUAGGUGCUUGCAGAAUCCAUGGGGAUAUGGAACUAGCGAGUGAUGUGGCCAGCCAUCUAUUGGAGGCAGAACCUAGACAGCACUCCACCUAUGUUCUCCUCUCCAGCAUGUAUUCUGGUCUUGGGAUGUGGAGUGAUAGAGCAAUCGUGCAGAAGGAAAUGAAGAAUAAAGGAUUAAGCAAAGUCCCUGGUUGGAGCUGGAUCGAGGUGAAGAAUGAGGUGCACUCUUUCAAUGCAGAGGAUGGAUCGCACCCAAGGAUGGAUGAAAUAUAUGAGAUGUUGAGUUUGUUGCUUCACAAUUUUCCUGUGCAGCCUGUGCAUCAAGAAACAACUGGAGCCAUCGACUGCUGUGAGCAAUUUGCCUCUUAAUAUUUUUAUCAUUAUCAUUUUACAUUUAUUUGCCGCAAUUCUGCUCUUCGAGUUUAUAACCGCCGUCAGUUUAUUCACACACAUGAUAUUUUGGUUGGCCACAGAACUAUCAAAUUAUGGGCAUUAACCAGCCAGCCCCUGUUGGAGAUGAUUGAGCACACUUCUCUUGUAUAUUCUGUGGAUGCACAUUCAUCUGCUCUGAUUGCUAGUGGCAGUGAAGACCGCUGUGUCAAUAUAUGAAAGGUCAUCUGUUUUGUGUGCUUUGGAAAAUUCAUGUUAAAAUUCAGUUGUAAUUUUUCAUUGGAUAUGAUUUGUUUAUACUUAUAUCUUCUCUAUUGAACAACUCUUGAAACCCCGGCCUUUCCAUUGGUGGUACUAUCCAUUCUACAAAUGGAUUUUUCUAAAUAAAUGUCAAUUGUAGUGAAGUCAAUGUCUCCCUGCCAAUGUUCCAGUCUAUUCCAAACAAAAAAAUAGUUCUAGUCUGUUAUUGUACUUCCCCUAAAGCGGGGACUUCCUUUAUAAGCAAAUGAUCCUACAGAUCUCUGACCUUAAACAUAUUGAGUAGUUGCAAACUGGAAAGAUCACUAUGAUACAAACCAUGAUAAGAAGUAAGAAUGACCUGCUGAUUGUAUUCUAACAUUUGGAUUCCUGCUUCUCCAUUGACUAGUUCAUGACCAUGAGCAGCUUCAUUGGCUUUUCUCGGGAAGUGGGAUGUUAAUCAGUAAAUGUUCCAGUUUAUUAAUUAUGUCAAAGUUUGAGCUAGAAUGUGCUUAAUGCUCCAAUGUAACUGCUUGGAGUGGAGAGAAGAUAUCAUGUGUCUUUCUCUUGCACUGAUAUCUGACUAUCCGCUAAAAAGUAAAUAGGAUGCAGUUGAUGCUUUCCUGCAAAAGCAAAACCUGCCAACAUAGAAGCCAGUGCAUCUUCUGAUAAUCUGAUGGAAUCGUGAGGAUAUGGACAACCAGCCAUAAUAGGGAUUAGCAGUGAUGAGGAACUUGCGGCUUAUACACAGAUCUUAUUUCUCAGUACACACUUAGCAGUGACCAUUAAACAAGUAACAAGAAGUGCAGACAAGAAUAGCAGAGUGAGAGAGACAAUGCUAGCUGGAAGAUCAUUAUGUAAACUAGAAACUUCAUUCUAGGUGGAAGGGAAGCCUCCCUCCUGCUGUUUGGAGCUUUUGAAUGCAAUUUUGCUGCCGCACCAUGAAAUGAAGUUCAAUAUUUUGACAGUUUUGGCAAAGAAAAGUUUAUGUACUCUGUAUUUAGCUGAGCUUGUGUACGCUGCAUGCAGAGUAUCUGUGACUGAAGAAUUUGCAAACAUGAAUACA